AAAAGUCCCCAACUAACACUCCAAACAAAAACAGCGAAAGAGAGAAGAAAGCUUUCGUUUCAAAGAUUUUUUUUUGUUUUUUGUUUUUUCAUUCGUUCGUUACCCUCCAGAAUGAAACCCCAUAACCCCUUUUCUCCUUCCCCUGCGUAGAAGCCCUAGUCGUUUUCUCUCCCUGUUUCUUUCCUUCCCACAGAUCAGCUGGGAGGGUUUCAUCAGCACUUCUAACUGCCUUUCACAACUUGGAUGUGGAAGAUAGAUUUCUUGCUAAAGGUUUCAAAAUCUUUGCUCGUGAUAAAAUGGAAAUAAAAAUGUUUCAUCAAACUGUCCAGAUUCACUCCAAAAAUUGCUGAUUUGUUAUACAAGAAAAGAUCUUUUGAAACGCUUCAAGGAAAAGAAGAAACUGGCUUCAUCCAAGUGUAAAAUGUCUGAGCAACCACCAAAGUCCAGCAAGAAAAUUUUGAAGGGUCAGGAACAAAAGAAAUCGUCUUCUAGUCCCAAGGAUCAUCUUUCAAGAAAGCAGCAGAGGAAAGGGGAAAACCCCGUCCGAAUACCACCAUCCACAGAGCAGUGUUCAGAUUUUAAAUGUUCAAAUUCAUGGAUCUGCAAAAAUUCUGCUUGUCGAGCUUCUAUUUCAAUAGAUGACACAUUCUGUAAGAGGUGCUCUUGCUGUAUUUGUCACUUGUUUGAUGAUAAUAAGGAUCCAAGUCUUUGGUUGGAAUGUGCUUCAGAGUCUGGUCAGGGAGAAUCAUGUGGAUUAACUUGCCACAUUGAGUGUGCCAUCCAACGAGGGAAGGUAGGGGUUGUUGAUCUUGGACAACUAAUGCAGCUAGAUGGGAGCUAUUGUUGCGCUUCGUGUGGUAAAGUUUCUGGAAUACUGGGGUUUUGGAAGAAACAACUUAGCAUAGCAAAGGAUGCUCGCCGUGUUGAUGUCCUCUGUUAUAGAAUAUACUUGUGUUACAGGCUCCUUGAUGGGACUUCUAGAUUUAGAGAGCUACAUGAAAUCAUUAAAGAAGCCAAGGCAAAAUUGGAAACAGAGGUUGGCCCCGUGAAUGGAGUUUCAGCCAAGAUGGCCCGGGGCAUUGUUAGCAGACUUUCUGUUGCAGUUGAUGUCCAAUUGCUUUGCUCUCAAGCUAUUGAGAAAGCAGAUGAAUGGCUAGCUACAAAGUCCUGUGCUGCCCCUAACCUCGGAGAGGGUUCACGGCCAGCAGCCUGCAAGUUCCUUUUCGAGGAAGUGACAUCUUCUUCAGCUGUUAUUGUGCUGAUAGAGCUAUCCACUGCAUCGUCAGAAGAUGUCAAAGGCUACAAGCUCUGGUACUGUAGGAAUAGAGAAGACGUUUACACCAAAGAGCCACUUUGUGUCUUUCCAAGAAGUCAGAGAAGGGUUUUGAUAUCUAAUUUACUUCCCUGCACAGAAUACUGCUUUAGGAUUGUAUCAUAUACAGAGGCAGGUGACUUGGGACACUCCGAGGCUAAGUGUUUCACAAAGAGUGUUGAGAUAUUGAAUAGAAACUUGAGCCCAACUGAUAGAAAUCACGGGAAGGGGAAUCUAGACACUGGAGGAAGCUCUAGUGCAAAUGCAGACCACAAGGCUAUAACAGCAGUGGAGUCGGAUUCUGGGUUCAAGGUCCGUGACCUUGGAAAAAUCUUAAGGCUAGCCUGGGCUCAACAGCAAGGCUGCUCGGAGGGGUUCUGUGGAGAAGAAAUAGAAAAGUUUUGUGAAUGCAACAAUGUUAAACCUAACAACACCGUACAAGAGGACCAUAAACCUUCUGCUUCUCGGCAGCUUGACUUAAAUGUUGCUUCAGUUCCUGAUUUGAAUGAAGAGUUAACCCCUCCUAUUGACUCUUCUAGGGAUGAAGAUAACGGGUGCACGAUUGGGCAAACCGUUGAGGCAGAUGAUGCUGUCUCUCAUGACAACGAGAGAAAUGGUGUUGCCGGGUCACAUGGGAGCGGUGACUCCCAAAAUUGGAACCACACGCAGACAGGAGACGUGACAGUAGUCGAUUCUAAGGUGGAAGGACGGAAGAAGAGGGCAGCUAGCACCAACGGUGAGACACAUGACUCUGAUAGCACUCUGAUAAAUGGAUCACCGAUCCAAAUUCAGAAUGGUUCAGGGUGCUUUGACGAAAACUUUGAGUACUGUGUAAAGAUUAUACGCUGGCUGGAAUGCGAGGGUCACAUAAAGAAGGACUUCAGAUUAAAGUUGCUUACUUGGUUUAGUUUGAGAUCAACAGAGCAGGAAAGGCGGGUGGUGAACACCUUCAUUCAAACUCUCAUGGAUGAUCCGGGUAGCUUAGCAGGACAAUUGAUUGAUUCUUUUUCGGACAUCAUAUCCUGCAAGAGGCCUCGCAAUGGCUUUUGCAGUAGGCUCUGGCAUUAAAGGUGCAACACAGAAUUUGAAACUUAGUAGUUUUAACAUUUAUUUUGACGAAUUGUUGCAGAAAAUCUUGCCCAUUCUCUGUGUACAGGCAAUAUUUUUUGUGAAGUUGCUAGUGAAGUGAUUCAUUGGUAGUGGACAGGCAGGCCUGUGUAGCUCAGCCUAUAAAACAUUUGGAUUCAAGAAAGCUUUUUACUUUUGUGUAGGAAGAAUUGACUCUCUCCCUCCUGAGGGGAGAGAAUUUAGAUUCAAGAAAGCUUUACCACUUGUAGGAAACCAUUUCUUGUUUCUCUGAAAGCAGCCAAAACUAAAACAUUACUCAUUUGAGUAUUCAUUUGGAUAAUACAUCAUUGUGUUAGUUACA